UGUCCAAUCAUUUACAUGUAACAGUCACUGGUGCCGGGUCUUGCUGAAGGAAUCAGUUUGCUCACAGAAACGUGUGUUUUUAACACUAAAAGCUUUUGUACAAUGGGACGCCGCAAGUCUAAAAGAAAGCCUCCCCCCAAGAAAAAGAUGACAGGGGAUUUGGAAACUCAGUUCACCUGCCCCUUUUGCAACCACGAGAAAUCCUGUGACGUUAAAAUGGAAAGAAGCAGAAAUACUGGAAUAAUAUCAUGCACAGUCUGCUUGGAGGAGUUCCAGACUCCCAUUACCUAUCUGUCAGAGCCAGUUGACGUGUAUAGUGACUGGAUAGAUGCCUGUGAAGCAGCCAAUCAGUAGUCCUCAAGAAACUGGACUAAUUUCAGGGCGAUGGAGAGGAUGAGCAUGCAGCUGGUGGGAUGUGCCCAUUUGGAUAAAGCGGAUCAGCGGAUAUAAGUGAAACUUUCAGUUGUGUUUUUCACAGGUUUUGUGGUUUGUUGAGAUUUGCAGCUCUGUGAGCUACAGCCUCGCUUAUGAGGUCCUCAGCAAAAACAUGCUCAGAGAUAUCUGUCAUUCUGAUUUCAGCCCACAAACAUAGUUUUGCCUUUCGAUAUGUAUUACAUAAUUAUUUUAUUUUAAUUUUUUCAUGCAGGUUACAUUGAUUUGUUUUCACACAUUCAGCAGAGCUGUGUGUUUUUAAAAUACAUUUUUUGAUGGAUUUCAGACCAUUCAAAUACAGGCUUGUUUUAUAAUAUUUAGUUUUGAAUGUUAGCAACAGUAUUUCAGGCACUUAAAUGGCUUUUAGCUGAUACAUAAACAGAUGAACAAGCAUACGUUUAUGUUAGGGAUUUGUAGAAGAAGAAGGAAUCUCAUCUCAGCUUUUUGUUGUGAAAUCUGUGAAAAUGACAACCCGGUUAGUCUAAAAAGGAAAGGUGAAUACAUAAUGUUGAAACAGUAUAGAAACAAUGUGUGUAUGUAAAAGAUUUCUUCACAUCCAGUCCUGAACUGAUGCAGACAUCCACAGCAAGAUCUAUCUGGAGAGAAACCUUUUCUCCCAGCCUCCACUGUCAGACCUGACUAAGUCUGGACAGGAGUGAACUUCUUGGCUGGAUGUUAAUUCAAUUUCGGGCAGCAGUGAAGUUGGAUGAUGUCACACUUUGCAUCUCAUUUUAAUACUUAAUCCAAGUCCUUUCUUAACGUUUCAGAUAAUCAGUUUUAUUCACUCAGAGUAAAGCAUGCUGUUGCCAUCCCCCCCACCCCCACAAUAAUGACCAGCAUUCUCUCAAGGCACCAGGUCAUAUUAUAGAAAGCUAUUAGAUUUGUGCUUAGCUGCUCAGGACAUGGGGUUUUAAUUGUUUAUAAUCCAUUUGAUCUCUGUUGAUUGUUUUUAGCUCAAUAACUGAAAUGAAAAAAAUAAAUGAUUUUUGCUAAUAA